UCCCCAGCCUUGAGGCAUUCGGAGCCCCUCCCUCAGGCCCAGCCAUGGUGUGGGCGCUGGUCCUGGCUCUCUGCAACCGGGCACUGGCCCCCACAGGUGCGCUGGACGCCAUGGGCCCUCAUGCAGCCGUCCGCCUGUCAGAGUUGCUGACCCCGGAGGAGUGCAGCCACUUCCGAUCGCUCCUUGAGGCGCCAGAGCCUGACCUGGACGCGGAGUUUGCCCGGCUAUCUGAGGACCGGCUGGCUCGCCCCGAGCUGCUCACACCCUCUCCGGGAAAACAGGGCACCGUGGGGCAAAGGCGGCGGGCAGCAGCUACGCAGUCUUCGGAGGGGCCGAAGGGCGCGCCAGCCGAGUUCAGGGAGGUUUCCGACGGCUGUCGCGAGGCGCUGGCGUCCUGGUUGGCUGCCAAGGCCCCUGCCCUGUCGUGGGACCGCAUGGCCCGAGCCCUGCGACGCAGCGGCCGUCCCGAUGUGGCGCGGGAGCUGGCCAAGAACCUCCACCAGCAGGCGACGUUGCAGCUGCGCAGGUCGGGCGCGAACUACAUGAAGCCGCCUGUGGCUCCUGCCCCCGCCCCGGCACCGCGCGACCGCCGCGCUGCGGUCCCCGAGCCCUCCUGGGACGACCUAGAGCUGAUCGUGGAGCGCUUGCCGCAGCCCCCAUACACGCGAAACCCAGCAGCCUGGAUCGGGCCAUUGGCUCUAGGCCUUCUCUCCGGCUUCGUGGGCGCGCUGGGCACCGGGGUGCUGAUCACUGUGCUCACGCUCUGGAUCGCCGGCAGCGACGGCAACCCUGCGCGACCUCACGCCCCUGCACCGCGCCCUAAAUCCCGGCCCAAACCGGCCCCGGCGCUCUGUCGCUGGGAAACAGAGCAGCUCCUGCCUGGAGCCUGGGCACCGAGGGGGCGGUCCCCCAACCACGGGGCCCCACUACUAUAA